CUCUCCAUCUAAAAAGAUUCGACGGAAAAUACACUUAAUCCCUAAUCCCCUAAAACUAAAUCAUGCAAGGAUCUUAGCCCUGAUCGCUUCCAAGUUGCAAACCCUGAAAAGAAGCCCAGCCCAGCCCAGCCAAGGUUACUUACCCCUUCAUUCUCUUGCAAACAGCAACGAUUUCCUCUCUUUCUCGCGAGACAAACGCCCAGGUCAGCCCCCUUUCAAUUUUCUUUGCUUGCAUAGCCUGGGAAUCAUUUACAAAAACCCAAUUUUGUUUUUGUUUGGUUUUAAGAUUCCCAAUACAUUGUUCAGCAUAUUUCUUUGUUAUUUUCGCUCUGCUUCUUGUUGUUGUUGUUGUUGUUGUAACUUGGGGAAGAAAAGAAAUGGGUGACUCUGACACGAGAAAGAUUAGAAAUAUAUGUAUUUUAGCACAUGUUGAUCAUGGUAAAACUACAUUGGCUGAUCAUUUGAUAGCCGCCACGGGUGGCGGUGUACUUCACCCUAAACUAGCUGGUAAACUUAGGUAUAUGGAUUAUCUUGAUGAAGAACAGAGGAGAGCGAUAACAAUGAAGAGUUCUUCCAUAGCUCUUCAUUAUAAAGACUACGAGAUUAACCUUAUAGAUUCCCCUGGUCAUAUGGAUUUUUGUAGUGAGGUGUCCACAGCUGCGCGGUUGAGUGAUGGUGGAUUGGUUUUGGUUGAUGCUGUUGAGGGCGUUCAUAUUCAAACUCAUGCGGUUCUGCGUCAGUCUUGGAUAGAGAAGGUUACCCCAUGUUUAGUUCUUAAUAAAAUUGAUAGGUUGAUAUGUGAGUUGAAGUUGAGUCCUAUAGAAGCUUAUAAUCGGUUAUUGAGGAUCGUUCAUGAGGUUAAUGGGAUCAUGAGUACAUAUAAGUCAGAGAAAUAUUUGUCUGAUGUUGAUUCGAUACUUGCUGGCCCUUCUGGUGAGGUGACUGAUGAGAAUUGGGAGUCUAUAGAGGAUGAUGAGGAGGAUACUUUUCAACCCCAAAAGGGAAAUGUUGCGUUUGUGUGUGCAUUGGAUGGGUGGGGUUUUACAAUUAAUGAGUUUGCUGAAUUCUAUGCUUCUAAGCUUGGAGCAAGUGCAGCUGCACUGCAAAAGGCCUUUUGGGGUCCUCGAUAUUUCAAUCCGAAGACCAAGAUGAUUGUUGGGAAGAAGGGACUAGGUGUAGGAAGUAAGGCUCGGCCGAUGUUUGUGCAGUUUGUCCUUGAGCCACUUUGGCAGGUUUACCAGGCUGCUUUGGAGCCUGAUGGGGACAAAGGGAUGCUUGAGAAGGUGAUUAAAUCUUUUAAUUUGUCUGUGCCUCCUCGUGAACUGCAGAAUAAGGACCCAAAGAUCUUACUUCAAGCUGUCAUGAGCAGAUGGCUUCCUUUGUCAGAUGCAAUUUUGUCAAUGGUGGUGAAGUGUCUGCCAGAUCCAAUUGCUGCUCAAUCACUUAGAAUUUCACGCUUGCUUCCCAAAAGAGAAAUUCUUGAUGAAGGGGUAGACUCUAAUGUGCUUGAAGAGGCUGAUUUUGUGAGAAAAUCAGUUGAAGCUUGUGAUUCUAGCUCUGAAGCACCAUGUAUUGCAUUUGUAUCUAAAAUGUUUGCCAUCCCGACAAAGAUGCUGCCCCAACGGGGUCCACAUGGGGAGAUUUUAAACAAUUUCAAUGAUGAAGGUGGAAGCAGUGAAUCAGAUGAGUGCUUCCUUUCAUUUGCUAGGAUAUUUAGUGGGGUUCUUACAUCAGGACAAAGAGUUUUUGUGCUUUCAGCUUUAUAUGAUCCAUUGAGAGGGGAAUCAAUGCAGAAGCAUGUGCAGGAAGCUGAAUUGCAUUCCUUAUAUUUAAUGAUGGGUCAAGGUCUGAAACCAGUGGCCUCGGCAAGGGCAGGGAAUAUUGUGGCAAUCCGUGGACUUGGUCAGCAUAUACUAAAGAGUGCAACUCUUUCAUCCACAAGAAACUGUUGGCCGUUCUCAAGUAUGGCUUUCCAAGUUGCCCCCACCCUGAGGGUUGCAAUUGAACCAUCUGAUCCAGCAGACAUGGGUGCUCUUAUGAAAGGACUGAGGCUUCUGAAUCGAGCAGAUCCAUUUGUGGAGGUCACUGUUUCAUCUAGAGGGGAACAUGUGUUAGCUGCUGCUGGGGAGGUUCAUCUAGAAAGAUGUGUAAAAGAUUUGAAGGAGAGAUUUGCAAAGGUGAGCCUGGAAGUCUCUCCACCUCUUGUGUUGUAUAAAGAGACCAUUGAGGGUGAUUUAUCUAAUCCAUUGGAGGAUUUGAAAAGAUUGAGUGCUAGCUCAGAUUAUGUUGAAAAAAUGACUCCAAAUGGAAGAUGUGUCAUCCGCGUUCAAGUCAUGAAACUUCCACCUACACUAACCAAGGUGCUUGAUGAAAGUGCUGAUUUGCUCUCAGAUAUUAUUGGAGGUAAACCAGGGCAGAGUGGUAAAGGCUUGGAAAUACAUAGAUCGAACGUGAGGGAAGAUGAGAAUCCAAUUGAAGUACUCAGUAAACGCAUAGUUGAUACUCUGGAGGGUGAUAUUUUGUGUGGAAAUGAAAAUGACAAGGAUCAGUCUGAGAAAUGCAAAGGUGAGUGGCUUAAGUUUCUUAGGAGGAUCUGGGCACUUGGUCCAAGGCAGGUUGGUCCUAACAUCCUCUUCACUCCAGAUUACAAAAGGAAGAAUAAUGAUGGCUCUGUUCUGAUAUGUGGUUCCCCUCAUGUAUCUCUAAGAUUGGGGUUUGCUGACAAUUCUAGUGCUGGUGAUAUGGCUGCUGUGCAAUCUUCAGAAGUAACUCAACCACUCUACAUAGAGGUGGAGAGUCUUGAAAGUAGUGUGAUGUCUGGAUUUGAACUAGCUACUGCAGCUGGCCCCUUAUGUGAUGAACCAAUGUGGGGACUAGCAUUUGUUGUUGAAGCUUAUAUCUCUUCCUCAACUGGGCAGGCCAGUGAAUCAGAACCUAACCAACAACCUGAGCAGUAUGGUCUCUUUACUGGACAGGUAAUGACAGCAGUCAAGGAUGCCUGUAGAGCAGCUGUGCUUCAGAGGAAACCUCGGCUUGUUGAAGCCAUGUACUUUUGCGAGUUGAAUACUCCAACUGAAUAUUUGGGCCCUAUGUAUGCUGUGCUUGCUCGGAGGCGAGCCCGAGUGUUGAAGGAAGAAAUGCAGGAAGGCUCUCCACUUUUUACUGUGCAUGCUUAUGUGCCAGUUUCUGAAAGUUUUGGUUUUGCUGAUGAGUUAAGGAGAUGGACAUCUGGGGCUUCUAGUGCACUUCUUGUGCUUAGCCAUUGGGAAGCACUUCCUGAGGAUCCUUUUUUUGUACCCAAAACAGAAGAGGAGAUAGAAGAGUUUGGAGAUGGUUCUAGUGUUCUUCCAAAUACGGCAAGAAAGCUCAUUGAUGCCGUGAGGAGGCGGAAGGGUCUCCGUGUAGAAGAAAAAGUAGUUCAGCAUGCAACAAAGCAGAGGACACUAGCUCGUAAAGUGUAAAAGUUGUUCAGAAGCCACGCUAUUAUCUCGAAAUACAUAGCCUAUAGAACAAUAUGAUCAUACACAAUUUUCAAUAGGGUUGAUCAUCAAAUUUUGUCUUACUUUUUUCCUUCUUGAAAACAAUGUAGCACACUCUUAUAAAAUGGAAUUUUAUCUGUGAACAUUGAUGAUUUGUUCUUGUGCAGGUAGUAGUUGUUUGAA